AUGGACUCGGCGACGACGGAGAGGGAUGAUCGGAGAAACCCAAAGAAGAAAACUGAAAAAUCACCGACGAAAGCUGAGAUUGACGAUUUCUUCUCGGCGGCGGAGAAACACGAACACAAACGAUUCACAGAGAAGUACAACUACGAUUUCGUUAAUGAUACGCCGCUUGAAGGUCGUUACCAGUGGGUUACUCUGAAACCAUAA